UCUGACGCCCACUUUCAGCGCAGAGGCUGCUGGGAAGAAAGGUCAAGAAUCGCUGGCAGUGGAGGCAAGGAUUAAACGUUACGGCUGCAAGGAAGAUGAUCGCUUAAAUACAACUAAUGCUACCGGGGGAAAAAAGCUACUUUUAUUUCCAAAUGAGUCAUGACUCAACUGUAAUACAGAAAACAUCACAACCAGCCAUCGUCCGUGUUUGCAGCCGCAGUUAUCCGCUCGGCUGCAUUGUUAUUGUUUUCGCUUCACUAGACGAACAUAACACGCUGUUACUCGAGGUCCCCCAGCCGCGGCGGGGGCCCGGACCGCCUGAGUGAUGUUGUGUUGUUCACCGAGAGAAGAUGGAUGAGAAGUCCAGCGGCGGCAGCAGCCACCACCGGCUCCUGAUCGUCCUGCUCAUGGUGCUGCUCUUCGGCGUCAUAAUGGUCCAGUACGUGUGUCCGAGCAGGAACGAGUGCCAGACGCUGCACCAGCUGGGCUCGUGGUUUAAGGACGGAGGGGCAACUGGUUCAAGGAGCAGUGGCAACGACAUCCACGACGGGCUCCAGAGGGACCCGUAUAUCGCAGAAGAUGGCGCUCUGGUCCGCUUUGUCCCUCGCUUCAAUUUCACCAAGGUCGAUUUAAACCGUGUUGUGGACUUCAACAUCAAAGGAGAUGAUGUGAUUGUGUUUCUGCACAUUCAGAAAACCGGUGGCACCACGUUUGGUCGACACCUGGUGCGAAAUAUUCAGCUCGAGAGGCCCUGCGAGUGUCACGCGGGUCAGAAGAAAUGUACCUGUUUCCGGCCAGGUAAAAAGGAAACCUGGCUGUUCUCCCGGUUCUCCACCGGCUGGAGCUGCGGGCUCCACGCGGACUGGACCGAGCUGACCAGAUGCGUCCCGUCACGCAUGGACUCUCGAGAGGCUCCUGUUGACCUGCCCAGUAGGAACUAUUACUACAUAACCAUCUUAAGAGACCCAGUAUCACGCUACCUGAGCGAGUGGCGUCACGUGCAACGUGGUGCUACAUGGAGGGCCUCCUUACAUGUGUGUGAUGGACGUUCACCAACGCUAUCUGAGCUGCCGAGCUGUUAUUCAGGAGACGACUGGUCGGGUUGCUCCCUGCAGGAGUUCAUGGACUGCCCCUACAACCUGGCCAACAACCGACAAACUCGCAUGCUGGCUGAUCUCAGCCUGGUGGGUUGCUACAACGUCUCCACCAUGAGUGAGGAAGAACGCUGGGCAGUGCUCCUGGAGAGCGCCAAACGCAACUUACGUGGGAUGGCCUUCUUCGGGCUGACAGAGUACCAGCGUAAGACCCAGUAUCUGUUUGAGCGUACCUUCAACCUGGAGUUCAUCGCACCCUUCACACAGCUCAACGGCACACGGGCCUCCGGUGUCGAGGUCCCCAACGAGACCCAACACAGAAUCCUCCAGCUGAACCGAUGGGACGUGGAGCUCUACGAGUAUGCUCGUGACCUCUUCCUGCAGCGCUUCCAGGUGGCGAGGCAGCAGGAGCGCAGGCAGGCCAGGGCGAGGCGGCAGCAGGAGAGGAGGCGGCUCCGUGGCAGGCUCGCGACAAAGCAGGGGAGGCAGCUGAAGCCCACAGAUGCCCCCCAUCACCCUCUGAGCCACUCAGUAAUAACUGAGGAGCAGAUGAGGGGAAAGGCUGGUGGAGACGGUGAGGAGUCAGAAGUGCUGCUCCCAGACUGGUGGGAUCUGGAUGAGAACGGCACCAUGGAGGACUACAUGGACAAUGUGGAGCAGUGGUAGCGAGUGACUGGAACAAGCAGCAGGAUGUCUUAAUACUAAGUGUGCCAUGUUCUGCCUUGUCUGUUCAUUAAUCAAAGUUAUUUUUAGUAUAUGCCUUCCACUAAAUUGUCUUUUUUUUUUUCUUAACAUGAACCAUUGACACACAUUUAUUUAUUGAUACUGAAUGUAUUUCUUUGCCACAACUGAUAUGAAUAAUUAAUACAUUUGUUUGACAUUAAGAGAGGCUGGUUUAGGUAACUGCAAUGCUUUACUAUCCAGUGAUCAAACAAGCCUUCUAGAUUAUUCUUCUGUCUUUUAAACACAUCUGAACUCUUGAGAUGUAGCUUCGAGUGAGGUUUUUUUUUUUUUUGUUAAAAAGAACAAUUUAAUACUUGUAUCUUUAAAUAAUAUGCUACUGUUUGUGAUAUACAAUCUAUAUGUUUGCCAAAAUGUUGUCCUGUCUGAAAUGCAUACAUUUUACAAUGUACCUGUGUUUUUAUGUGUCCUAUAAGUAACAUAAAAAAGAGAAAGGCAUUUUCAUAGAUACCUCAUUGUGUAGCAUUAACUGCUCAUUUGUAAAAUUACU